GCCGGAGUGCGGCGGGCAUGGAGCAGGGCCGGGACGGGGAGGAGGAGCUGGAGGAGGAGGAGGAGGAGGAUGAGGAGGAGGAUGGCGGCCCGGAGAGCGCUCUGGAGAAGAGCCCGUUCCAGCUGACAGCCGCGGAUGUCUACGACAUCUCCUCCGUGGUGGGCCGGGACCUGCUGCAGCUCCGCGCCGGGCCGCAGCUGCCCGCCGCCCGCGCCCGGCUGCAGUUCAGGAUCGUCAGGGUGCUGGAGAUGCUGGAGGCGCUGGUGAGCGAGAGCAGCGUGGCCGAGGAGCAGCUCCGGCGGGAGCGGGACAGCCUCCGGCGGGAGCUGGAGCAGCUGCGGGCGGCGGCCCACGGGAGGGCCCCGCAGCCCAGUCUUGGACCAGAUCAAAUGGUGAUAGACCUCACAGACCCCAACCGGCCCCGGUUCACUUUACAAGAGCUCCGAGAUGUAUUGCAGGAGAGGAACCAGCUGAAAGCGCAGCUUCUGGUGGUGCAAGAGGAGCUACAGUGCUAUAAAAGUGGGAUCAUCUCACAGAAAAAGGACCAAACUGAAGAACUGGAAAAAGAAGUCAGUGGCAGAAGUGCUGGCACUAGCAAGGACAGUGAAGAGAAGACAAUCAUCAAACGUCUGUUUUCUUUUAAACAUGGAAAAUGAGCAUCCUCAAGGACUUAACUGCUGCUGGUGAGAAUGGCACUGAUGAGCCUCAGAGGCGUUGGGAAAGACAAUGAUUGGAAGCAGC